AUGGAGCUCAAUGAUAAGACUAUUGAGUAUUAGCAAGAGGCUCAGAGUGCCGCAAUUCAAAAUGGCAAGUCACUCAUCAUCACUAAUAACAAUACAGUCUAAUUCCACAAGGCCAAGAAACUUCAAUGGGAAUGCAAAUUCACAGAUCUCAUUCCCAUUGAUUAGAUUGACACUUGUGCUUUGUCUCGCUCUAUCAUCUUGCAUAUUCAUAGCAGUAUCAUUUUCUUAUCCGAAGAUAAGCAGAUACAGGAAAUCAUCUAAUUGGAGCAGGAGGUGCACUCCAUAUAUGCCCUGAAUGAUUUUAAUGUUAUCGGAUUGUUCUCAAUUACCAAUGAUCAAUUUUCAAUAUUCAACACAAAACUAGUGCAGAAUUACGAAUUCUUCUCAUAGCAAUGCAUUCAAUUUGAUGUCAGCAUCAGUUUUCAACCCUAUCGUUUAAAUUGCUUCUAAGAUUAGAGCACACUUCAUUUCGUGCUAAUUCGCAAUCUAGAACACGUUAAACACUAUUAUAAGUAGAUCUAGUGUGUGGAUAUUGUGAGCAUCAACAAAUGCAGAAACAGAUUGCUCAUCAUAACGAAACAGUAAGUAUUGUCCAUAUUUAUAUCAGAAAUUGAGAACACAACCUCAGAAGAACAAUAUCUUAAUGGUUUACAGUUAAGAUUGAUGAAUUACUGUAGUUCAAUAUUUGAGGGGCAAUAUUAUUUCAGUAAUGAUUCAUAUUUAUUCAGUUUCUGCAAUGAUGAAGUCAAAUAUUAUAAAUUAGUUUAGAAUCAAAAGAAUUAAAUCACUAAGAUCAAAUUCUAGGAGAAAAUCCUUUAUUACGAAUACGUCAAUGAUUAAUUGGUCAUCUACUCUCAGCAACAAUCAAAAUGCUAUUUGACUGUCUACAAUCAACAGUUUGAGAUAAUAAACAGAUAUGAAUUCAAUAAGCUACAUGAGAGAAUUAAGUAUUGUCCGUACUACCCUGGAAUAGCAAUCUACGAAUAGAAAGUGCAAUAUCAGGAUAAGGAACCAAAUAACAAUUACAUUCUGUAGACUGAAACCCUUCAAAAGACAUUUCUGCAAUUGAUCGACUUUCGAACUCAGACCUACCAAAACAAUAACCAAAAUAAUACUGAAUAGCCAACCAUAUAGAGUUAUUUGUUAUAUGGUAAGAGUAACAAUAAGAUUAGUUGUGGAUUUAUGUUGGAUUAUUCGAUUGUAAACAUCUAAAACAUCUGGAACAAUCGUUUUAUUAUCACAAGCACUUAUAAAUUAAAAAUAGUUGAGAUCUACAACAGUACUUACGAGAUGCAACACAUCUUUGAGUUCAGUAUUCUGAAUCAGUAGUUACUAACAUUUAGAAACAGUUUGCCUCUGGAAGACCUGGAAAGAAUCAACUUUCUGAAAUAAACUGAUUAAAGAAUUCUGUUCACUCAUUUCGGAUAAUCAACUCCAGGGGAAUCUAAGAUGAACGGUAUAAUCCACAGUUUUUAUGGCAUCAAAUGGGUGAGUAUCAAUAAGGACAACGUUAACAUUAUCUAGUUGUAACAGAAACAAGAAAUACAAAAAAUUUAACGUGUUUUGUAGGAGGGUAGUAAUUAUUUUUAUGUUUUAUCCAAUGAUGAAGAAAUCUAUAAAAUCACUCCUGAUGAAGUUAAGCUAAUCUAUGUUUCUGGGUCGAAAUUAUUAUCGUAUGUGAGUAAUCACAAUAAUGAAUCCAUCAUCUUGAAGUGUAAUAAUGAGUUGUUAGUGACUGAGUUGGAAAACGCGUAGAAGAUUAAAUAUAAUUUGAUUUUAUGA